UAGCUCUCUGAAUUUUCCUUGGUGGUGUGUUUUUCGUUUUCUUGCCCCAUGCACAGGGUGGAAUUUCCAACGGAGAGAUGAUUGUGAUGCGAAUAGCAUUCAAACCGACUUCCACGAUCUCGAUCAACCAGAAGACUGUGACCAGGUCAAAAGUGGCAACUGAGCUGCGUGCACGGGGAAGGCACGAUCCUUGUGUUGUUCCCAGAG